CGACGUGUUUCUAGUUUCUGUUGUGGAGGGAGAACAGUGAAAAUGUCUUAGUACAACUGCCGGGCAAUGGGCCAGUUCACGCUUUCUAAUCGUCGUAUACGGUCGACGAGCGUUUAAAUUUGUUUGUAAACAAAUCGCGGAGUGAAAAAAUGUAUGAAACAUUAUUACGAAACCUAAAAGAUCAUGGUCAAGAACACUUAAUUAAAUACUGGUCGGUAUUAAGUGAGGAACAGCGGAAACAGCUGUCGGACGAAAUUCUAAAACUUGACUUGACGGAAGUGCAUGCAACAUUUUCGCGGGCAAUUGAAUCUACGAAAAAAAUAUUAGAAAAAUUAGACGACGACUUGAAACCAAUACCGGAUAGUCACUAUGAGUCUGUACCGAACUUGACGCCCGAUAAGAUUGAAGAAUACGAAAAUAUCGGAUUUAAAGAAAUAUGCAAUGGGAAAGUUGGUGUGCUCUUGUUAGCUGGAGGUCAGGCGACGCGGCUCGGUUUCGGCCACCCAAAGGGAAUGUACGAUGUGGGAUUGCCAUCAAGAAAAACCUUGUUCCAGAUACAAGCCGAGAGGAUCCUGCGAGUUCAGCAGAUGGCUGCCGAAAAAUAUGGAAACGAAGGUAAAAUAACAUGGUAUAUUAUGACUUCUGAACACACGAAAGCCCCUACUGCAAAUUAUUUCAAAAGUCACUCAUACUUUGGUUUGAAUGAAAACGAUGUGGUUUUCUUUGAGCAAGGCACAUUACCUUGCUUUGAUUUUGAAGGGAAAAUAUUCUUGGAUGAGAAAUAUCAUUUGUCUGCUGCCCCUGAUGGUAAUGGAGGUCUGUAUCGAGCAUUAAAAACCCAGGGAAUAUUGGACGAUAUCUCAGUAAGAGGAAUCCAACAUCUUCAUGCUCAUUCAGUUGACAACAUACUUAUAAAGGUUGCAGAUCCGGUAUUUAUUGGUUACUGUAAAUCUAAAAAUGCUGAUUGUGCUGCAAAAGUCGUUCAGAAAUCUAGUCCCAGUGAGCCUGUUGGUGUCGUCUGCAGAGUGAAUGGACACUACAAGGUAGUGGAGUACUCCGAACUCACAGACGAGGCAUCUGAAAGACGUAAUCCAGAUGGUCGUCUCACAUUCUCAGCAGGAAACAUCUGUAAUCAUUAUUUUUCAGCUGAUUUCUUAAGAAAAAUAUCAAACUUUGAGACAAAGCUAAAAUUGCAUAUAGCCAAAAAGAAAAUACCGUAUAUAGAUGAGAAUGGUGUGCGGCAGAAACCGAAUGAACCAAACGGUAUUAAGAUGGAGAAAUUUAUUUUUGAUGUUUUUGAGUUUGCUGAGAAUUUCAUUUGCUUAGAGGUGGCUCGAGACACUGAGUUUUCAGCCUUAAAGAAUGCUGACACAGCCAAAAAAGACUGUCCUUCGACUGCCCGAGAAGAUUUGCUUCAGCUCCAUAAAAAAUACAUUAGACAAGCUGGUGGAGAGGUGGCAGACGAUGCUGAUAUAGAAAUCUCUCCGUUAUUGUCCUACGGGGGCGAGAAUUUGGACAGCAUUGUUAACGGUAAAGUGUUUACCGCUGGUCCAUUCCAUUUGAAGAGUCCACAGGAAUUAUCAAGUAAUGGUGUUAAUGGUAAUCAUUGAUACUGGAAAUUAUUUUAGAAUGGUAUAAAUUUCAUACCAUGAAUAAAUAUUGGAAUUUAAUUUUGAAACAAAUAAGUUGCCAACAUUAAAUUUUAAUUUUAAUUUCAAAACAUUUAUCUUAUU